GCGAGGCAGCUACGAGCCUCGAGAAUUUGCUGGCGGAUCUGGGCCAUUCCCAGUGGGAAGUUCGAGCGGAAGUACUUCAACGGCUACUGGGCCUGGAAGGGUCCCAGCUGGCCCCCUAUGCUGAAGCAGUGUUGCCGUUGGUGGCGGAUCCUGUGUCUGAAGUUCGACGCCGAGCAUGUGAGCUUAUACAGAAACUGGAGCUCCCGGUGCUGCACGGUCUGAAGGACGUGCCAACAGAUGCCCGGAUGUCGUUUCUUCGCAAUGGAAAGACCUGGAAGUGCCUCUGUGUGCCAGGAUCCGUGCGAGUGCCGCCACCCCCGUCGCCACGCUCGCCAGUAUCGCCACUGUCGCCGCCUUCUCCAUCGUUGCCAUCCCCACCGUCUCCACCGGUGCGAAGAUAUGGCAAUGGCACUGAAGGUCCAAGUCACAGCAUGCUGUAUGCGGAUUCUCUGUCACAGCCAGCUGCCCGCGGGUUUGAGACACCUGAAGCAGUUCGACGCAACUUACUGCUAGAGCUUGACGGAGGUCUUGCUGAAGGGGCCGGACAGCUGCCUUAUGCAGCCCCGAUUAGACCUGAGGAGGAGGCUGUCGAGUGGCUGGGUACGCUGGUUGACGCUCCAGACCUAUGGGAUCUGGCGCAAAAAGAGCCUCACUGGUACCACUGGAAAGUGCGAGAUGCCUUGGCUUUCACCGUACGAGACUUGCAAGGGACCGCUCUCGUGCGCCUCCUCGCAGAUGCGGAGGUAGCCGUCCGUGAGGAUGCCCUCGUUGCGCUGAGGCGACUGCCGCCCAACCUUUGGGCGCAUCACACCC